CUGCCAAAUGAUACCCCCAGAAAACACCCCUCCACCCCGCACCUAGCCAACCUGGGCGAAUACCGCCGCCUCUACCAACAGUCCCUACGCGACCCGGACCGCUUUUGGGGAGAGAUGGCGACCUCCUGCCUGCACUGGGACCACCCCUUCCACACCACCCGCCACGGAUCCCUGGAAGCUGGCGACCACGCGUGGUUCCUCGGGGGCCGGCUGAACGCCAGCUACAACUGCGUCGACCGCCACGCGCUCGCCCACCCGGACAGGCCCGCCAUCGUCUACGAGCCCGACAUCCCGGCCGGCGAGCCGCAGCCGCCGCAGAUCACCUACGCCGAGCUCCUGCGGGACGUCAGCCGACUAUCCUGGGUGCUGAGGGAUCUCGGCGUCCGCAAGGGGGAGAUCGUGACCGUGUACAUGCCCAACAUCCCGGAGGCGGUGGUCGCGAUGCUGGCGUGCGCGCGCAUCGGCGCCGUGCACUCGGUCGUCUUUGCGGGGUUUUCGGCCCCGGCGCUGCGCGGCCGGCUGGAGGAUGCGCGGUCGCGCGUGAUCCUGACCGUGGACGAGGGCGUGCGCGGCGGGAAGACCGUGCCGAUGAAGCGGGUCGUUGAGGACGCGGUGGCCGGCUUGCAGGACCGUGACGCCAGCUGCAAGUGCAAGUGCAAGUGCCUCGUCCUCCGGAAGACGGGCAGUGCCGUGCCCUGGUCGCAGCGGACGGACGAUGCGUGGUGGCACGAGGAAUGCGCGCGGUGGCCCGGCUACUACGCGCCCGAGGCCAUGGGCGCCGAGGAUCCCCUGUACCUGCUGUAUACCUCCGGGUCGACGGGGAAGCCCAAGGGCCUGCUGCACGCGACGGCGGGCUAUCUGCUGGGCUGCGCCGUGUCCGGGAAGUACGUGCUGGAUCUGCAGCCCUCCGACAACAUGUUCUGCGCCGGUGACGUUGGCUGGAUCACCGGCCACAGCUACCUCGUCUACACGCCGCUGGUCCUGGGGCUGACCACCGUGCUCUUCGACGGCACCCCGGCCUUCCCGACCUAUGACCGGUAUUGGCAGAUCCUCGCGCGCACCCGGGCGACGCAUUUCUACACGGCCCCGACCGCCCUGCGAUUGAUCAAGAAGGAGAGCGGGAAUGGUUACGUUGCGGCGGCGCAGCAUAACCUGGAGCGUCUCAGGGUGGUGGCUUCCAUCGGGGAGCCCUUGGCCGCCAAUGUCUGGCAGUGGUGUUAUGAUACUCUUGCUGGGCAGGUGCAUGUUCUGGAUACCUACUUCCAAACCGAGACAGGCUGCCAUGCCUUUGCCCCGCUGGCCGCGGUCACUCCGAUCAAGCCCGGAUCCGUGGCGCUGCCAUUCUUCGGCUUCCGCCCGAUUCUGUUGGAUCCGGUAUCUGGGGCUGAGAUUCGGGACAGUGAAUCCGAGGGCUUGCUGGCUUUCGAUCAGGCGUGGCCCAGCAUUGCCCGCACGGUAUGGGGGGACCAUGCCCGGUACAUGAAGACUUACUUCGAGCAGCAUAGAGGAUACUUUACGACUGGAGAUGCUGCCAUCCGAGUCAAGAACGGAUACUUCAAAGUGCUGGGCCGGGUGGACGAUGUGGUCAAUGUAUCGGGCCAUCGACUCUCCACCGGCGAGAUAGAAUCCGCUCUCUUGAACCAUGGCGCCUUUGCCGAAGUUGCCGUCGUAGGGACCCAGGAUGAACUGACCGGACAGGCAUUGGUCGUGUUCGCGUGCUCAAGAGAUGACCUCGAGGAUGAGGCGAGUAAGGCGCAGCUCCGACAGUCGGCACAGCAGCACGUUGGGAAGUGGGUCGGUCGCUUUGCUGUACCCCGAAAGGUGUUCCUCGUCGACGAUCUGCCCAAGACUCGAUCCGGCAAGAUCAUGCGACGGAUUCUGAGAAAGAUCGUCGAAGGGGAAGAGAAGGAGUUUGGAGAUCUCUCGACGGUAAGUAUUCUUUGUGAGUGA